ACACUCUUCUGUGUUGGUACUGUUGAUGGUAAACAUGGCGGAAGCUGAGGGUGCACGGAGCGGGCGGAGGCGGCUAGGGAGCUCCCACCGAUUCUGAGAGUGGUAGUGUGGGAAGCCGUAUCUGUGCCGUGAGUUACUGCAUCAAGGACAUACAGUUGAAGCACUCCACGUCGGAGGUGUGUGCUUCAGCGGGCCGCUAGAGGCGGCUGCGGCAAGGGAAUGUAAACCGUGUCCGUGCCAGGCAGUGUACUAGAGUCCGGGGAUGGGCCAGCAGGUGGGCCGCGUCGGCGGGGACGGAGCUGGGCUACAGAGCAGGGGCAGCCGGGCCAGCAGCACGAGCAGGUCGGCAGGAAAGAGACGGGAGAUAGCCGGGCGAGUCCUCGAGGCAGGGCACAACAUCUUUACUCAGCACGAGGCCCUGCACCGUCCCUAUGGAUGUGACACUGACCCUCAGGCCUUGAAUGAUGCCAUCCGGUGGGGAUCCAAAGAGAACCUUCUGGGGGCUGCAGAGAGUGAUCCCAAUGUUUUUGUCGCACUUUAUGAUUUUGUUGCAAGUGGGGACAACACCCUGAGCAUCACCAAAGGAGAGAAGCUUCGAGUGUUGGGUUAUAACCAGAAUGGUGAGUGGAGCGAAGUACGUUCAAAGAAUGGCCAGGGUUGGGUGCCCAGUAACUACAUCACUCCUGUCAACAGCCUAGAAAAGCACUCAUGGUACCAUGGGCCAGUGUCCCGGAGUGCUGCCGAGUACCUUCUCAGCAGUCUCAUCAAUGGUAGUUUCUUGGUGCGUGAGAGUGAGAGCAGCCCUGGGCAGCUGUCCAUCUCACUCAGGUACGAAGGCCGUGUUUACCACUACAGGAUCAAUACGUCAUCUGAUUGCAAGGUCUAUGUCACAGCAGAGAGCCGAUUUGCAACUUUGGCAGAGCUUGUCCACCAUCACUCCACAAUAGCAGAUGGACUUGUUACAACACUACAUUAUCCUGCCCCUAAGUGCAAUAAACCAACCAUCUAUGGUGUUUCUCCCAUCUAUGACAAGUGGGAAAUGCAGAGAACAGAUAUUACAAUGAAACAUAAGCUAGGUGGAGGUCAGUAUGGCGAAGUUUACGUGGGGGUCUGGAAGAAGUACAACCUUACUGUUGCCGUCAAAACAUUGAAGGAAGACACUAUGGAGGUGGAAGAGUUUCUGAAAGAAGCUGCAGUAAUGAAAGAAAUUAAACACCCUAACCUUGUACAGCUGCUAGGAGUUUGCACGCUAGAACCACCAUUUUAUAUUGUGACUGAGUAUAUGCCUUAUGGAAACCUGUUGGAUUACCUACGUGACUGCAACCGGGAGGAAGUGAAUGCUGUUGCGCUUCUCUAUAUGGCAACUCAGAUCUCCUCAGCCAUGGAGUACCUGGAGAAGAAGAACUUCAUUCACAGGGACUUGGCUGCUCGUAACUGUUUGGUAAGUGAAAAUCAUGUGGUAAAAGUAGCCGACUUUGGCCUUAGUCGUCUUAUGACUGGAGACACUUACACUGCUCAUGCCGGAGCCAAAUUCCCCAUCAAAUGGACUGCACCAGAGAGCUUGGCCUACAACACGUUCUCCAUUAAAUCUGACGUUUGGGCAUUUGGAGUGCUACUAUGGGAAAUUGCUACAUAUGGCAUGUCACCAUACCCAGGAAUCGAUCUGUCUCAGGUGUAUGAUCUUCUGGAGAAGGGGUAUCGAAUGGAGCAGCCCGAGGGAUGUCCCCCAAAGGUUUAUGAGCUAAUGAGGGCAUGUUGGCGGUGGAAUCCUGCAGAACGACCUUCAUUUGCUGAGACUCACCAAGCUUUUGAAACCAUGUUCCAUGACUCCAGCAUCUCUGAAGAAGUUGCCGAGGAACUAGGGAAAACUGCUGUAGUCCCUUCGGUGUCUUACCUGUCCCAGCUACCCAUUUUGCCUUCCAAGAGUCGGAUACCCAAAAAACACGCUGACAACAAGGAGAACAUUGAAGCUGGUGUGGACAUGAAGUUGGAGCAGACUGCUAGCUGCUCAGCAGGUGCCACAACAGGCCUUGUUAGAAGUGCAUUACCAACUGGUGGCUCUCCAGCUCUACCUCGAAAGCAAAGAGACAAAUCUCCCAGCAGUCUUUUGGAGGAUGCCAAAGAGACCACCUUCACAAGAGACAGAAAAGGGGGCUUCUUUAGUUCUUUCAUGAGGAAGAAAAGCGCCCCCACACCACCUAAACGCAGCAGUUCUUUCCGAGAAAUGGAAAAUGAGCCACACAAAAAAUAUGAGCUUAUGGGUAAUUUUUCUUCUUUUGCUUCUUUGCAGCAUGUGGAUGGCCUCAGUUUUGCUUCAUCCCACCCUGAGGGAGUUCCUAUACAGCCUCGAUGCUGUGGAGGUAGCUUUGCACAGAAAUUUUCCAGCAGUGGUGGUGGUAGUGGUGGUAGUGGUGGUAGUAGUAGUAGUAGUGGUGCUGGUGUUGCAGCUGGUGGGUGGGCAGGACUUUCUGGCAUUUUCACACCUCGGCUGAUUAAAAAAACACUUGGCCUACAAACUGGGAAGCAUUUGGGUAAUGAGGAGAUAGCAAAACCUUUCCCAAGGUCAAAUUCUACUUCUUCUAUGUCCUCAGGGCUUCCAGACCAGGAAAGGAUAUCAAUGACUCUUCCAAGAAACUGCCAGAGGACAAAAAUUCAACUGGAAAGGACAGCUUCAACCACUUCUCAACCUGAAGAAAUCUCUGGGAGGUCUGCUGAUGCUUUGUUUAUGAGAACUGAAGAAAGCAGUACUUUGACUAGGGAAAAACUAAAAGCAAGACUUUUAGUAAAAGGUGCAACGGCAGCAGUUCCACUCAGGGUUCCAUCAGGUGAUUCUGUCACUGUGAACAAAGACUGCUUAGGUGUGUCAGCCAUUUUUAAGGGCAAAGAAAGCAAUGGUAGUGCCCAGACAGGAACAGCUGGCUUCACUGCUGAUAGUGACAGGCAGGAAAGGUCCCCAGGAAAGACCUCCACCAUGCUUCCGUCAACACACAAUCACAAAGUACCGGUCCUUAUAUCACCCACUUUAAAGCACACUGCAGCAGACCUCCAGCUUAUUGGGACAGACUCUCAGGGGAAUAAGUUUAAGCUCCUUUCUGAGCAUCCGGACCGACCACGGCGGAUGAAGCCAAAAUGUGCGCCUCCUCCUCCACCACCUGUGAUCAGGCCCUCACCUCCUCAUUCUGCAGGCUUUGAAACUGACCUAGAUAGCACUUCGUCAACCCAAGGACUAUACAUAACAGAAGAUGGCGGUAAAAGAUUGACAUCGUCGUCAUCAGUAAGUGGAAAGGUAGGACGCCCUGCUGUGCCCCCACCUCAAGUGCCUUCGAUGUCUUCCUCAACAUCUCCAUCCAAGAUGAUCAAUGGAGCUUCUAGUACCAAGCUGAGGAAGCCUCGACAGUUGCCAGAAAGGAUCUCAGCAGACAAAAUCAGUAAGGAGUCUCUGCUCGAGUGUGCUGACUUUCUCACAAACACAAUUAGCAGCAUCCCUGAACCUUCCUCAAAUAGCCAGCUAGUGGAUGCUGGGCAUCAGUUGUUGGGAUAUUGUUCUGGUUAUGUGGACUACAUUGCACAGACACGCAACAAAUUUGCAUUCAGGGAGGCUGUAAGCAAACUGGAACUUAGUUUGCAGGAGCUGCAGGUGUCUUCUUCAGCUGCUAGUGGUUCUGGAGCAAACCCUGUCCUUAAUAACUUAUUGACUUGUGUGAAAGAGAUUAGUGAUGUGGUUCAGAGGUAGCUGCCAAAGAACAACUGCUUUGGAUUAAAAAAAAAGAUUAAGACUUGAGUUUAUGUAAAGUA